AUGCUUCAACUUUCAACGCCGACGCUGCCGUUUUCACAGAACCUCAGCCGACAGCCACGAACAUUCUUUCUUUUAUUUCUCUUUCUUUCUUCCUCUCCCAAUCUUUGUUCACAUUGUCUGUCUCUCUCGGCUCUACAAGAUAGUGUGAUCCAUCAACGCAAUGAACCGACCCAAACAGAUGCCAGUGAAGUUUUGAGGGCAACCUCACCCCUCAGGCAAUUCCGGAAAGUGCCUUUAAAAAUCCCUAAAUCUGUCAGAAUCCCGGCAGCCGAUGCCGUGGCUACUGCCAUAGACCAGGCACUUAACUUGAACAGCUCGCUUGAUUUGUAUCACCUUUUCUCUUUCGCAACACUUGUGCUCGGCAUUCCUUACAAUAAGGACCCUACAUCAUCUGUCUCAUCUAUUAUGAAGAAUAACAUUUCCUUAUUCAAUUCGUCUAAAAUAAAUGCCACCUUUUUUUCUUAUCUUUCUAAUUCUAAUAGAUUUCAUCCUUCAUCUACAAUCGACGAUUCUAAGAGACUCCGUGCCCUCGUCAAUUCUAAGUUAAGCAAGGGUGAUGUCUCAGCUGCAGACAGAGUAUUGGCCUCAUCCGAUACUAUACUAGCUACUACACCAGAAGUUCUCACAACUCUCCGUCGGAAACAUCCUUCGCCACCAUCAGAUGUCAGAUUUGUUCAGAUGGAAAAAAAACAUGAUUCAAAUAUUGAAAUCUCAAAGGAAGCGAUGGUUGCCCCUCUGAAGUUCUUGGGAAGCAGCAGUAGAGGUGUGGAGGGACUACGACCUGGUCACAUCAAUGAUUUAAUUUCUGUUCACACUACCGAAGCUGGUGAACAUUUGAAAAGAUCCAUAACAGCCCUUAUUAAUACCCUUCUCCGAGCUGAGAUACACAAACAUGCUCACGACUUAAUAUUUUCAGCCAACUUAACGGCUUUAAAAAAAAAAAUGAUGGCGAUAUGCGCCCUAUCGCUGUUGGUAACAUUUUUCGUCGACUCGCGGCAGAAAUUGCUUGUAGAAUUGUUGUGA